AUGAUGCCCUCUCACCACGACGAUGACUGCAGCAGCAGCCUCGGUCCGCCCUCCCCCGCCGCCGCCAUGGAUUUGCCUGACGAGGAGGCUUGUUCUUGGGACACCGACCACGUGGUGGCCUGGAGAGACGCCGACUUGCCCACAACCGUUUUCGUUAGGACCGACCGCUCUGGAGCCUUCCACGCCUACCCUGCUCUCGGCGGGCCGUUUCACAGCCUCCACCAAGUUCAAACCGCCGUCGACCUCCAUGCUCGCGGCACCGCCAGGGCCCAGCUGGAGCGGAGGAGCGCGCUGGACAAACUCUCACGCAAGGAACGCGCUAUCCGCGAGUUCCUCUACUACCCAGAUGGCACGACGAGGGUUCGCACGAUGAGGCUCGUUGCCGACUUGGAGCGCGACAAGGUGCGAAGGCUGGCCGAGGCUUUGCUCGACAAGCACAACGACGCCGAGGGCCAUGCUUACGAGCUCCAAGACGUCGUGCAUUGGCAGUCGAUCUGCGAAGGCAAAGCUAAGUGGUACUACCAUCUCAACAUCACAGUGAGGACUAAACCAGCAGCUGAUCCUGAGACGGGCAGCGGCGAUCUCUUCUUCGCCGAAGUCUCGCGUGUCCCUGGAGAUGUCCUAGGAUACUUCCUCAGCUGCUUCUAUAGGGUUCAACCUGACGGCGAUGAUAACGAAGGCCGUUGCCAUGGUUGUGAAAACAAUGGAAGCGUCGAUAUGAAGCACCCACACGCUGAUUUGUACACCGGCGGUCACCGGAACGUACGUUUCCCGCGUGGAUUUGGUCCUAGCAACGAGAUGCAAUUGCACGGCUCCAAGAGCGAUCCAGCAGAGGAGGCGGACAUGAUAAAAGCCGAGGAGGAUAGGAUAAGAGCUACCUUCGAUUACCUUGACGAUGAGGAGUAUCUGGAAAAUUUACGCUGCAAACGUCGUUCGAUUAGGUAACUUCCAAGCAUCAUAUGACAUCAACAUUCAGGAGGAUGAAGAAUUGACCAUAGAAGACUAGAUAGUCAAGAGUGAAGAGUGAAGAUGUCCCUGCUUAUUAUCAGUUACUAGAUGAUACCCCGCGCGUUGCAGCGGAAACUCGUAGCGCCAAAUGUUAUAUAGCCUAAAAGUAAAAAAAAAACUUUACAAACG